AUGCUUGGCUCACCCUACAUCUUUUAUGAUCAAAAAGAUUCUGAUGCCUGUGGUGCUUCUGGAGCUAUUAUUCCUACUGUUGAUGCUGAGUGUUGUGAAUUGAAAGAAGAAAAAGGGAACUUUGCUGAUUGUCAUCAAAUAUCAUCACGAACAGCUGUUCUAUCCCCUCACUCUAGUGGUGAAGAUGGAUGUGCAAAUUUGGUUCAAACAGAUCCUCGCUUAACUAUUGAAUUGGGAUUUCUGUCGACUUCUUCAACGACCGCUAAAAUAAUGCAUGGUGAUACUAAUGACCAUUUGGAAGCAGCAAACGGAUCAGGUGUGGGUCCAGAACUAUCUCAGAUGGUUGGACGUCACCAUGAUCAGGAAGACGAAGAGGAGGAAAUUUUAGCAUUACCGAGUCCGGAAACUCUCAAUGACAUGAUCAUGAAGAUACAAAGUAAGUUGACACUCUUCCAUUUAAUUAUUACGGUGUAA